AUGGCGAACGCACCUCUGACACCAGAACCUUCCCCACGAACUAAGGACGAUGAUGUCUUGAUUCUACAAAUGGACAGAGAACGACGACAAAGAAGAGAAGACUUCAAACGAAAUGUUCCAUGGACACACGCGUACCCAGAGGAAAUAUCCGCUCCUAUACUGCUGGACGAAGAUUGCCAAGGAGCAAAGCGUCAAUGCCUUCGUGACGAGACCAAAAGAAAUAUUCCCUAUAGAAGCAGCGUAUCGUUUUUCAACUUACAACCAAGGAAUCUGUAUGCCACGUUUCAAGACUGUCAUAGUCCAAAGCUGGGUACAGACUACGACAUGCGCGAACCACCAGUUCCCGUUUCCCCCUGUUAA